CGUAAUCCUACGUACUACUGGCUCGAAAACUUACGCAGGACGUGCAGCGGUUCAAAGAGGAAGGAAGAUGGCGGAUAACAAAGGCGAGGAGGAUAUGGAACCGUCUGCUAAUUCGGACUCAGUGCCUUCAACGCAAGAUAACGAGCAGCCAGAGACGAAAGUGGAAAAUGCAGUAAUAGUCAUAGAAGCGAAUACAAACGGCGGUGAAGAAACAGAGUCCCAUGAUAACGUUAACGAGGCACCUACACCCACCAGCGACGGGGGAGACGUCGUCAGCGUCGGAGCUGCUGUUGCGGGAGGGGAAGCCAAUGGUAGCGCUAGCAAUGCCGUCAGCCCGGCUGGGACCAGCAGCAACAAUGCAGAGCCAACAGCAGCUGAAACCCUGGCCGCCGGGGAUGUUCCAGUUGGCGGACUCACCACUGAAAUGUCCCCCCCUCUUACGGCUCCGGCAGCCACGCCGGUACCCACUCCCAUUAAUUUUUUGGAUACGUGCGCAGUGUGUAAACAAAGUCUUCAGACCCGAGACUGUGAACCGAAACUUCUGCCUUGUCUGCACUCUUUCUGUCUAAAAUGUAUCCCCCAACCAGAAAGGCAGAUAAGCGUACAGGUGCCUGGACCACACGGACAAACUGACACACACAUAGUAAAUGUUAUGCGGUGUUCAGUGUGCCACCAGGACUACAAACAGAGUGACAUUAUUGACAACUACUUUGUCAAAGAUACCACAGAGGCCACCAGCACGUCUGAUGAAAAGGCUGCACAGGUGUGCACAAGCUGCGAGGACAACGCAGGAACCAUAGGCUUUUGUGUGGAGUGUGGAGAAUGGCUGUGUAAGACCUGCGUGGAGGCCCACCAAAGGGUCAAAAUUACCAAGGACCACAAGAUCCACACAAAGGAGGAUGCUGACGCUGCCUCUGAGUCUGUUGGUACGCCCGGACAGAGGCCUGUUUUUUGUCCCAUCCACAAGCAGGAGCCACUGAAGCUUUUCUGUGAGACCUGUGACACUUUGACCUGUAGGGACUGUCAGCUGCUGGAGCACAAGGAGCACAGGUACCAGUUCCUGGAGGAGGCUUUCCAGAACCAGAAAGGCUUAAUUGAGACCAGCGUGGCCAAACUACAGGAAAAGAAGAACUACGUCCAUUACUCUGUCUCUCAGGUGCAAAGCAGGUUGAAAGAGCUGAAUGAGACACAUAAGAAGGUGGAGCACGAGAUCAAAAUUGCAGUAUUUACGCUUAUUAAUGAGAUCAACAAGAAGGGAAAAUCCUUGCUGCAGCAAUUGGAGACUGUGACCAAGGAGCGCAGUAUUAGGCUUGUGUCUCAGCAUAAGGAUACCACCCUGCUGGCUCAACAGAUCCACCAUGUGCUCAACUUCUGCCAAUGGGCCAUCACUACUGGCAGCAGCACAGCGCUGCUCUACAGCAAGAGGCUGAUCCUGUUCCAGCUUCGCCAGCUCUUCAAGGCUAGACUGGAGCCAGCCCCCCAGGCUAAUGGAGUUGUGCGCUUCUUCUGUGACCCCACCUUCUGGGCCAAAAACGUGGUGAAUCUAGGUAAUUUAGUAAUCGAGAAGCCACCCCAACCUGUGCAACCGCCCGGUGUGCUGGUAGGAGGACCCCCUAUUUCUCCAGGGCAAGGUCACCAUGGCAAACACCCAGGACAGAUCAACCUGGCCCAGCUCCGGAUGCAGCACAUGCAGCAGGCGGCCUACGCACAGCAAAAGCAGCAGCAGCAGCAGCAGCAGCAACAACAACAACAGCACCAGCAGCAGAUCCAGCAACAGAUGCGCAUUGCCUCCCAAAUGUCCCAACAGCACGUCAGACAGGCCGGUCCACCAAUUGGUCAGCAACAGCCUCCAAGGCUCAUCAGUAUGCAGCAGAUGCCGAGAGGGCCUGGCGGUAUGAAUGGUGGGCCAGGUCCCCCCUUGUACCCUUCCUCCCAUCAUAUGCGUCUCCCGGGUCCACCGCAGGGCCGAAUGCCCACGGCUCAGCCGAGACAUAAUGGACAGCAGUAUCCCACCAUGAUGCAAACUCAGCUACAGAGACAGCAUUCCAACCCAGGGCAUGCCGGCCCUUUCCCGGUGGCUUCCCUCCAUAAUGCCAACCCCACGAGUCCCACCAGUGCCAGUAUGGCAGGUGCCCAUGCUCACCGCGGCCCUGCCAGCCCCAUCAUAGGUCCCAUCGAGCUCAUCCCCUCCGUCACCAAUCCUGAGAACCUGCCCUGCCUACCUGAGAUCCCGCCCAUUCAGCUAGAGGAUGCAGGUUCCAGCAAUCUUGGACACCUCCUGUCUCGCUACAUCACAGCCAGCACGCAACAUCACCUUGGCUCAGUGGACAUGAACCCCUCACCUGGACUGUCCACACACUCUCCUGGAUCUUCAGGUCUGUCGAAUGCCCACACACCAGCACGGCCUUCUAGCACGUCCAGCACAGGCAGCAGAGGCAGCUCCAGCUCUGCGGGGAGGGCGGGGCCAGGAGGUGGAGCAUCGGUUGAGCAGGUGAGGGUAAAGCAGGAGCCUGGUACAGACGACAGCUAUGGCUGUCCAGCUUCUUCUCUGAAGACGGAGCGGGGAAAAGAUGCCGGGAGGAGUGCCUGCAUGAUGAGCAGUCCAGAGAACAGUCCCCUUCCUGUCUUGGGAGUCGUAACUGCUGGCCAAGAUGCUCUCAAGGCUUUAGGGGAGCACAUCAAAACAGAACCCCAAUCUGAGACACCUUGUUCUGGACUAAAUGGCUCCAGUGCCACCACCUCCUGUUCUUUCACUACCACUAUGACCGCCACUACCUCCUUAUCCUCCGGGAACAGCAGCAACACAGCAGGCACUCCGCUUACUAAUGGAAACUUAGAGAAGGGGACAGAGACCAAAGGGGACGGGGCGUCGGCAGGAACAGGCAAUUCCGGUGGGAAAGAGGACGACCCCAAUGACGACUGGUGUGCUGUUUGUAUCAACGGCGGUGAUCUGCUAUGCUGUGAUCGCUGCCCCAAAGUUUUCCACAUGAAAUGCCAUGUGCCCACCAUAAAAAUCUUCCCAACGGGUGACUUUCUCUGCACAUUUUGCCGGAGUCUAACCACCCCAGAGAUAGAAUACUGUGACGACAGCAACAAAAUCAAAGGAGAGCAGGGCCUGAGUCCUGACAACCAAAGGAAAUGUGAACGCCUCCUGCUGCACAUCUUCUGUCAUGAGCUCAGUGUGGGCUUCAGGAAACCGGUUCCUAGCUCUGUGCCGAACUACUACAAAAUUAUUAAGCACCCCAUGGAUCUGAAGAAGGUGAAGAAGAGGCUGCAGUUACGGAGCUCCCAGCACUACCAAUCCAUCCAGGAGUUUGUGUCCGAUAUGCGCCUGGUCUUCACAAACUGUGCAAAUUACAAUGAGAUUUCUCGAAUAAUCCAGGUUUAUGAUGAGGAGAAACCGAUUAAUACGCAGGUGGGAUCAGAGAUGGCGAUAUCCGGCAAGGCAGUGAGCCUGUACUUUGAGGAGAAGCUGCAGGAGAUGUUCCCGGGGCAGAGCUUCCCUGAAACACCUGAAAGCGAGGCCCCAGACACAAAGGAAAAGGAGGAGGAUGACACAGAUGACUCUGAGGAGGAUUUCAUACAGCCAAGACGUAAACGGUUAAAAACAGAUGAGAAAGUACUCCACAUCAAGUGAGAACCAACCACAAAAGAAACAAGAAGUGAAAAACUGUCUUCCUCACGUCCCACACUUCUCCUUUGUUUGAGGCAGCAAACUAAAGGGUGAGAGUCGCUGUACAAACUGCUAGGUUUAUCUCAUCCUUGCCUUUUGAAAGAAUUACUGUCAACUACAUUAUCAGAACUCUUGAGGACAGAAACAUAGAAGAGCUACAUUUCCUCCUUAUUUCAUGGACGCUGAAGAACUUGCUUGUACAGAAGUAGGACUUGUUUUGCAGUAGUUAAGUUAAUGAUUGGUGCUUUCUUUUCUAUCAUCCAUUUGCAUUUGUAGAUUUGUUGUGACGAUGGCUUUAUAAAACAUUUGAAUUCCCUGUUCCCAGUUCUUAAUGUAUUAUAUCUAUUCUUUGACAUGAAACCUACCAAGUAUUUGUAUGGCUUUGUGGAAGCGUUAUGUAAAUAAGAGAAUCUAGCCCACCGAAGGUAAUCCUACAGUAUAGAUGUUUGGGUGCGUCCUCAAUAAAACCUGUUCUUGAAAUAUA